AUGCCUUCGUUUCUACCACUGUGGGACAAAAAGUCUGAAGGCUCGCCCUACAACCCUGAGAGCAACACACCUACUACCAAUUGUCCAACCGAAGGUCAAUGCGCUACCGAUGAGAACGGAAGUCCCGCGAACCAACCAACUCCUGGUUAUGAUCUCGGAAGUGACGGGUCCCAACCUUUGAUCCAAAUCGAAGGAGAAGCCCCCCCUGGUGCCCCUGCUACCGACAAUGCUUCAGCACCACCGCCCACUACCACCGCUGACCUUGCUCAAACUCAGCACGGUGAUGCGGGAGGAUGGCCUAGGACGGCAUCACUGAUUGAUGCACUUCCGGAAGUCGAGACCAAUGCUCCUGCAAAUGAGCAAACCUCUGAUAUGGGAGGAACAAGGAGCCAACUACCUACAUCUGUUCUGUCGGUUAGUUCUAAACCCUCACGCCCCUCUCUGACCCAGGCUGCUCCUCCACGCAUACCAUAUGCGGGACCAGGUCGGCCCGAGGGCCCUGGCCUCUUCAGACCCUCAACGAGAGAAGAAAGUGACUAUGUUCAACAGUUUCUGACCAACCAGGUACAGGCAGCGCAACACCCCCAAAUCCGGCAUCGCCGCGGUGCAGCGGUCCACAACGUCGAUGCUGGAAAUUUAUUUGGGAUGCCACGCCGUCAGGUGGAACGGACUGAUUCCAGCGCGCUUCUCACUUCCGAGUCAUCUACCGCCUCCGAAUCUCCAAGCGAGGACCAUCCAACAACUCAAGCCCGUAAUACAGAGGGUAAAGAUGUGUCCAGCCUUCAAGGGCCGCAAGACGAGUCAACUGCGGCCCUGGAUUCGGGUGCUUCGAGUGUAUACUCUGCAACACCACUACUACAGCUCGAUGACACCCAUGUCUGUGAAAAUGCAGCUGGUAAUACAUCCGCCCCUCAGGCGGAACAGCUGGACUCACCCGAGUCCCAGACUACCGGUGCAUCGAUUGCUCAAGACGGAUCAUCUUUGCUUCAACCUUUGUUCAAAGCCAAAUCUACCUGGCCAGCAUUUGAAUCAACUCCGGCUUAUUCUAAUGACUUGAGCAGUUUUUCCAUGCCGUUCGAACUAAGCCACAGUGAACGCUUGCCGGGGGCGUAUCUGUCCACCGAUAGCCCAAAUUCUGAUGAGGAGCUUGGCUCUAGUGGGAAUGAGCCCGCCACCAAGGCCCCGGAGAGCACAGCUAAACAUGAGGAUAUGAAUGCCUCUUCGUCGACACCUUCUCAUAUCCAGGACACCAGCAAGCCUUCGGACCCUUCUCCGAAUGCCUGGCAUAGCACGACUGAAGAGGGCUCUAAUCCAUAUAGCUUCACAGUAACAUGGUACGCUCCAGAAUCCGAGUUCGAGUCCAGAAGUCAGUAUUUCGAUGCUCACAGUACCCUUGCUCGAUCCUUGCCACAGAGCGAGCCCGAACAGUAUGCACCUCUGCUGGGUACUGCAGCCCUUAGCCAGACAAGCCCUUCAAGCAAAGAGAGCGCCGAGGGUCAGGAGACGGCCGAAGAUGCCUCUGAAAAUCAGUCCAGCGAGCUGGACAGAGGAAAGAGCUCGGCACCUACUCGGAAGAACGACGGGCUGAAUCUUGAUGAGAGUAAUCCAAAUGAGUGUCCCCGCGACGAGAUAACCCUCACAAACCAAGUGUACGUGGAAGACGAUUCUCCUAGUGUCAUAUCCGAGAGCCUCCGGAGUAGGAGCGAUUGA